CCAGGGCCCAUAUCGCAAGACAUUCCAGAAACUUUUGCAACAAUUCGUGGCAAAGAAGUUCAGAUGCGGUAGAGGCGACGACGUUGCCACUGGAGCAUACAUGCCGGUAGCGAGGUCAGCCAGACCGAGUGCGGCACCGUCGUCCAGACCGAGCGAGGCGCGUACGAGCCAUGAGCAAUGGGGGGAGGGUCCGAGUACUAGAACGACAUUGCCACGACAUGACUCAUCUCUACCACUGCAUCGCUCUUCUUCGAUGCAGCUUCGUCAGGGGCAGACAUCUCAGGACCAUGGCACGGGCUUGGAUUCGAUGCCCGAGCAGUUUCUUUCCCCUAACCCAUAUGCGUACACAGGAUAUGAUGCAUACACCCAAGGUGAGGGAUCUCAGCCGUUUCUCUCCACGCGAGGGAUCCCCAUGCCCGAGGAGACUCGUGUACCAGAUUUAAACCAGCACCAAGUACAAUGGCCAGACAUUAUAGGAGAGGGAUAUGCUCAGGACACACCUGAUGUUAAUUGGGGCGAUGAGAACACCCAACGCGGCGUCAACACAGGCCUCCGGGGAGCAUCACAUGAUCAUGGCGUCAACACAGGCCUCCGGGGAGCAUCACAUGAUCUUGGCGACACGGUUACAUCAUUAGUUACAGAGUUCUUCGGAGGGGAUGUUAUUGGCCCAUCUUUUAUCCCCCCGGAGUCACAACCAUACGCGUACAAUUACGCUUCAGGUUCGCAACAAGGAUUCGCGACUCCACCACCUACGCAGGACUCGCAGACACAUGAAGCCGAAUUGGAGUACGGCCGCGGUCUUCGUGUGACCCGGCCACCUAAUCGCUUGUCCCCUUCCGGUCGUAAGGAAAGGCCAGGUGGUCAUCGUAAAGUAGGGUGAUUCAUCUAUGCACGUGCGCGACCCAUUGUAUCUAUAUAUGUGUGUAUCAGACUUUUCGAUUUGAACAUCUAUGUUUGCUGAAAUAAAAAUGCACCAGUCAGGAACAAU